CUCUUACAGAUGAGGAUUUCUCUCUUAAGGAGAAACUGUGAAGUCAUCAAGUUCUGAUAGUUGCUGUUCUACUGUACAGGACUGUAAAUCUACGCCAUAUUCUAAUUUCUGUUCUAAAUUAGAACAACAGGGCAAACAUGGUGUUGGGAGCUGUACUGUCUAUGCUACGCUAUGUAGCCGGUAGCGAAGACAGAGAUUUUGUUGAUCGGCUACAUUCAUACUUCACUUGUAAUAUUCUGAUUGGUCUUUCUGUUUUGGUUAGCUUUAAGCAAUUCGGAGGGAAACCGAUCGAAUGUUUAGUGCCAGAUAUGUUUAGUAGUUCAUGGGAACAGUAUGCUGAGAACUACUGCUGGGCACAAGACACUUAUUAUGUUCCCAUGGGUGAAGCUGUAGCUGGGCUAGCUGAUGCUGAACGUCGGGAGCGAAAGAUCAGCUACUACCAGUGGGUGCCAUUCUUCUUACUUUUGGAAGCUGCUUGUUUUCGAUUGCCUAGCCUUUUUUGGCAGUACCUCGCUGGAUAUUCUGGCAUCAAGAUUCAUGAAGUCAUAAAAUUGUCUUCGGAUCCAAAUAACAUCAAGCCGGAUAUCAAGCGAGCCAACAUAAAGUCGCUUACAGUUCACUUGCAGGGUGCACUGCGCUUCCAUCGACGACUACAGAAGAAGCAAGUCCGCCCACAUCGCUUUCUUUGGAUGUUCAAUUUGGCUUACUCAGCGUUUUUUGUCACUUCUGUUUAUCUUUUCACAAAAUUCUUCUACCUAGCCAAUGUAUGCCUUCAACUGUUGCUCAUGAACAAAUUUCUCGAAACGGAUAGGUACGCUUGGUAUGGAUUUGGUGCCAUGAUUGAUCUCUUGAAUGGUACCACAUGGGAACAAUCCGGCGUCUUCCCAAGAGUUUCCCUUUGUGAUUUUGAUGUACGUGUCAUGGGAAAUGUACAAGAACAUACUGUACAGUGCGUACUUGUCAUCAACAUUUUCAAUGAGAAGAUCUUUAUUUUCUUGUGGUUCUGGUACCUGAUGCUGUUGAUAUUUACUUUGGGAUCGUUCCUCUAUUGGUUGUUUGUAGCAAUUAUACCGUACCCCAAUCGUCGAUUUAUCAAAAGGCACUUGGAAAUUAGUGAAAUGCCAUUUGACCCGCUUGAAAGCGACAAAGACGUGCGACGCUUUAUUGACAGCUAUCUCAAAACUGAUGGUGUUUUUGUAAUAAGAAUGCUCACUUUACAGUCUGGGGUAAUCUUUGGCACAGACCUUGUCCUGGCUCUUUGGAAAUCCUUCUUCGGUAUAGAAGAGCAGCUCAAGCGAAGUAAUUCUAUGCCAGACGUUCAGAAAGCAGCUGAUGAUGAGCCAAGGUUUUGGCCUCCGCCUCCAGCACCAUUGGAAGAUAAUGAGCUUCGAUUCCGUAGGGCAUUGGGGCAAAAUAUUGAUAACACGAUGGUGUCGCAGGAUUUCUUGCAUAAGCUAAUAAGACCAUAUCCGCAAGAGAGGCCUGCGCCACGGUAUGUAGCCGCUGUAUCCGCUCCAUUAGCAGAAAAUGAAGCAAAUGAAGCGUUGAUAAGAAGUGUGGACUCGAGCCCGGUGAAGGUACAAACCCAGCCAGGAACCCCGUCCAAAACUGCCGCUGUGAUUAAUCGAAGAGCACAAUUCGACCGGUGAUUACCCCCUCCCCCCAAACCUCUUCAAAUCCCACAGCCUUAGUCAAGUGCUUUAAGACGUAAUGUUUUCGCGUCGCAGUGCAAUCUUUCUUCUUCCGUGUAUUGCACGAGUUUUUCUUUUCACUAUCAUUGUUAUUGGGUUUUCUGUUACACUAAAUCAUGUUAGAUCAUUGAAUGCGUGUAUGAUCUCUGCAUAAUUCUGUACUGAGCUAUAUUACGAAGACUUUAAUCAUUUUGUUGUGUUUCCAAAGUUUUCUCGAUGUGUUACUAAGAAAAUGAAGAAUU